UAUUUCAGUGGUUUUUGCUGCACUGACACACACUCACACACACACACUGGUUGGUUUAUCGCCCCCCUCAGAAAACACAGACCAGCUUUAUUUUUAUACACCGAGAAAACCGCUAUAAUGUCGGAUUUCGAGGAAUUUGAGAAACAGCUUAGCGAGAAUCGCCAGGAGAGAGAAAGAGAAAGACACAAAAAGAGGAGUCGCAGUGGAUCUCCUGGCCGAGGUGACAAGCAUCGCAGCUGGAGCAAAGACCGAGGGAGUCGCAGUCGAGAGAAGAGAAGCCGCAGCCGAGACCGCAAGAGCCGGGACCGCAGGAGCUCGUCCCGGGACCACAAGAAGCACAGCCACUCUCCGAGGCGAACAAGGAAGAAAAGGACCUGCAAAUACUGGGAUGUGCCUCCUCCUGGCUUUGAACACAUCACACCAAUGCAAUAUAAAGCUAUGCAAGCGGCAGGGCAGAUACCAACAAUAGCUCUGCUGGCAACAUCCACCACCACUGGAGUGGCUGCAGCUCCAACACAAGUGCCCAUAGUUGGCAGUCAGAUGACAAGACAAGCCAGACGCCUUUAUGUUGGAAAUAUUCCCUUUGGAGUAACUGAGGAGUCUAUGGCAGAGUUCUUCAACGCUCAGAUGAGACUUGCAGGCCUUUCACAAGCCCCAAGCAACCCUGUGCUCGCUGUGCAGAUUAAUCAGGAUAAAAACUUUGCUUUCUUAGAGUUUCGGUCUGUAGACGAGACGACGCAGGCGAUGGCCUUCGAUGGAAUCAUUUUUCAGGGUCAGUCACUGAAGAUAAGAAGACCUCAUGACUAUCGGCCUUUACCUGGUAUCUCUGAGCAGCCUGCUUUCCAUGUCCCAGGCGUCGUCUCCACAGUCGUUCCAGACUCCCCCCACAAACUGUUUAUAGGAGGCCUUCCGAACUACCUUAACGAUGACCAGGUAAAGGAGCUCUUGACAUCGUUUGGGCCUCUCAAAGCGUUCAAUCUUGUGAAGGACAGUGCCACGUCACUGUCGAAAGGUUACGCCUUUUGCGAAUACGUAGACAUCAGCGCCACUGAUCAGGCAGUUGCUGGGCUUAAUGGGAUGCAACUGGGCGACAAAAAGCUGAUAGUCCAAAGGGCAAGUGUGGGAGCUAAAAAUGCCAAUCCUACCUCCAUCAUAGAGACCCCGGUGACGCUGCAGGUCCCUGGGCUUCAGAGGCUGCAGAACUCCGGCAUGCCCACUGAGGUGCUGUGCCUUCUCAACAUGGUGAUGCCUGAGGAGCUGGUGGAUGACGAAGACUACGAGGAGAUCCUUGAAGACAUCCGCGAAGAGUGCUGCAAGUACGGCAGCGUCCGCUCCAUUGAGAUCCCCCGACCAGUCGAUGGUGUGGAAGUUCCCGGCUGUGGAAAGAUCUUUGUGGAGUAUGUUUCUGCAGCAGACUGUCAGAAAGCCAUGCAAGCUCUCACCGGCCGAAAGUUUGCCAACAGAGUGGUGGUCACCAAAUACUAUGAUCCAGACAUGUAUCACAGACACGAGUUUUGAAAGCACAGACGAGUCCUCCUUUUCUGUUUGCGAGCUUGGCUCCAGUCGGUUUCUUUACUCCUCUGAAUGUCGUGAACGCGUCCAAGAAAAGACUUGUUUUAUUACAUCUUCUACUUAACAAACUGGACUGCAGUGUGUGUUUCUCCACUGAAUAUCUAACUCCCAGCUUUAGCUUUAACACCCACACAGUGAGCCGAUCUCAUUAUGAAUUCAAAAAAUACUGUAGUAUCCUUUACAUUUGUAGUAGAAUGAAUGUGACAUGUAUCUUAUCUACACUAAUACUGCCUGACAAUGCCAGAGUAGCUGUCUUAUGAAGUAUGCACUAUAUGAGAAAAAAACAGUCUAAUGUUUAGAUUUCCCUCCUGAGCACAAACAUUCAUUUCUGUUUUAGAUUUGAGAAGCCAUCAUAGCGUUUAUUGUGUGGCUGUGAGAGAAAAAGGUUUUUAUUUAUUUAUUUUUCCAAAGUAAUAUUUUCCUCUAUACAUCACAUAUUAAUGUUCCUUAAACAUAUAUGAUGCUAUUACCUGCACUGCUUACACAGACCAAAUGUUUACUUUUGUUUUUAUCAGAGCGGCCUCAAAGGUCAUUUUGUAAAUAUGAAACAUUAAUAUCUAAAAGAUAAGAAAUAUAUUAAAUUGGCCAUGCACACUGGAAGCUACUUGAAUUAGAAAUUGAUCUUUAAAAGGGAAAUUUGUCUUGGUUGAAACCUUCUUAUUAAACACUGACUUUUGUUUGUUAAGCCCCUCCCCCAGGAACGGCCGUUGUCCGAUUAUAGCUUAGCAACCGUAACUAGGGCUGUAGUAAAAGCAAAACUUUUACAAAACCAAGCCAGAUGUAGCUUACUAGCUACGGUAGCUAACUGAGCAUUACCUCCAAGGAGCACAUUGCAAAUGCUAGCCAGUUUGUGGGGUUAAAAUUAGCUAGCUAGGUAGUGUUUCUCUGCUGUGUGAUGAUGACGCAAUACAGUUAUCCAGUAAAGACCUAAUUUAUUGGCAUAUUUCUCGAUCCAGUGGCUUAUAUAAAGUGUACGGUAACGUCAUAACAUUACAACAUGUGGUGUUUUUCACAUACGUUGAUUUAUUUGUGGCAACUACCACAAUAUCAGCAUUUACUGCUACAUAUUGUUUGGGGUAAAAGCUUAUUUUAUUGUAGAGUUGCACGCAAUGAUUCUUCUAGCCCCUUCUAGCCCUGCUUACUUGUCAGACCAAUAAUGACACAAGUUAAAAGGCAUAGCUAGCUAGCAUACCCAACAGUCCCUCCGCCUCACUCCCCCCUUGGAGACUCCUUCACCGGGGGAAAGAAGGCCACAGCUUCGGACAUGGCACUUGGGUUUGUAAUGGCUGAAUUCAAGUUGCUCCAGGGCGCUAGCUACCCCACAACUGAAUAUGCCACAUAAAGUUAGCCACAACAGUCAGCUCAUCUAAUGCUAAUUGUGGGUUAGCAAGUUAACGUAAUAGCUAACAUCACUUGCAGCCGUUUCAUUAGAAUAAAAUGACAUAACUGAAAUAAUGUGACUAAAUGUUACAUGGACAAAACUCAGAACACAUUUCCUUGACAGUGAACAGAAUUUCUGCCUGAAUCAUCAUGUCAGAUUUUCGUCUGUGGUUGUUUAACAAUGAAGCCAACAACUCCUAUUAUCCCACACUACUUCAGACAUCUUCAAAGUCUUUCUUUUGUUGCUGUUUUGAUUGAGAGACCCCUAGUGGCAGAAAUGACAUAAUGUUGUUUAAUUGACAUAGCAACUGUAUCAAAAGGGGCGGGGCUUAAUGGAUGGUCAGUGGCAUCUAUCUAACCAGCAAUAUUCAACAAUUUGUCUUCAAAAUCAGAAAAACAAAAUCAAAUCAGUCUUCGUGGUCUCAUUGAAAAAAUAAAGUAGUUAUGCACAUGUUGAGAAACGCACUUUUAAAUUUUGCAGAUAUCAUGUCAAAUGACUUUUUAAAAGCUUUAUUCUUUGUGUGAUCUGUCACAGAAAAUGUAUUAAAUGAAAGCAUUAAUUUAUUAUGAAAUAACUUUUAUCUUCUUGAAAAAUGCAGGCCCAAAUACCCAAACAAAUCUGUCUGACAAUGGGAUGUGAGAGAAUAACCAUUUGGACAUCACCUGGUUUGCACAGAGGCUGCAGCAAACAGUAUGUUCUGUUUCAAACUGUAUUUUAGUGUAAUAAGUGGAACAUAUCAACUAAUGAUAAACAGCCGCUGUAUUUUAUACAUUUUUGGAUGGCCAAACAUUGAAAAACAUUUUCAGUUUGUACAAUCCCUGCCACUGCCAUUGCCUUGAAUAAAUGCUUGCAUCCACUGUCA